AUGAAACGACAAAGCAUGCGACAGGAGUCGUUAAGUGACAAGAUCCAGAAGUACAAAGGAGUAUUGCUGGUGAUUUCGAUCCCCAUGUUUUUGAUUGCUUUUGUUCUGUUCGUCAUGCCGAGUCGUGAGGACUAUGAGUAUGGAGGAGGAGACGGAGGAGUGAGUCGGAAGAUGUCACCGAAUUUUGUUAGGGAUUCGAGGAGUUAUGCGGUCAUAUUUGAUGCCGGGAGUUCAGGGAGUAGAGUUCAUGUUUACUGUUUUGAUCGGAAUUUGGAUCUUGUUCCUAUCGGUAAAGAACUCGAGCUUUUCUUGCAGCUUCAACCAGGUUUGAGUGCGUAUGCGAAUAACCCACGAGAAGCAGCCAACUCCCUUGUUUCCCUGCUUGAUAAAGCUCAAAGUUCUGUGCCUAAAGAGCUCCGACCAAAAACACCAGUCAGAGUUGGGGCUACUGCUGGCUUGAGGGCAUUGGGAAUGGAUGCAUCUGAUAAAAUUUUGCAAGCGGUUAGGGAUCUCCUGAGAGAUAGAAGCACCCUUAAAUCUGAGGCAAAUGGGGUCAUUGUUUUGGACGGUUCGCAAGAAGGUUCUUAUCAGUGGGUGACAAUUAACUACCUCUUAGGAAAUUUAGGAAAGAAAUAUUCAAAAACAGUUGGAGUAGUAGAUCUUGGCGGUGGAUCUGUUCAAAUGGCAUAUGCUAUAUCUGAGAUGGAUGCUGCAAAGGCACCAAGGUUAUCCGAUGGAGAGGAUACAUAUGUAAAGGAAAUGUUGUUGAUGGGAACCAAAUAUUACCUCUACGUUCACAGCUAUUUGCACUAUGGUUUAUUAGCAGCUCGAGCAGAAAUUUUGGAUACGUCAGAGGACUCUAGCAAUCCGUGUAUCCUGGCUGGUUAUGAUGGGGUAUACAAGUAUGGAGGAAAAGACCAUAAAGCAUCAGCUUCUCCAUCUGGUUCAAACAUGGAAGAGUGCAGGAGGGUAGCUCUUAAUGCUCUCAAAGUUAAUGAAUCAACUUGUACACACAUGAAAUGUACAUUUGGUGGAGUAUGGAAUGGUGGAGGUGGGGAUGGACAAAAGAACAUGUUUGUUGCAUCAUUUUUCUUCGACAGAGCUGCUCAGGCCGGUUUUGUUGAUUCAACUGUACCAGUUGCCAAAGUUCGACCUGCAGAUUUUGAGGAUGCAGCUAAGCGUGCUUGUGAAACUAAAUUAGAGGAUGCUAAAUCCACAUACCCUAGUGUGAAGGAGAAUGAUCUGCCAUACAUAUGCAUGGAUCUUGUCUAUCAGUAUACAUUGCUUGUAGAUGGAUUUGCUUUGGAUCCAUGGCAAGAAAUGACGUUGGUGAAGAAGAUUCAGUACCGUAAUUCCCUUGUGGAAGCUGCAUGGCCACUGGGCAGUGCCAUAGAGGCUGUGUCAUCACCAGCAUAA